AUGAUGUUAGCUCGGUGUACAUGUAAUAAUACAGUUCUUCGAUUUGUUGUUUUGUCAUCGUCAUUUUCACGAAAUCGGCUUAAUCGAUCUUCACUACAUCAAUUUUUUCGUAUAAUUUCUUCGAAUUUUUCUUAUAAUUACCCCACAUUCACUAUACCAUUAUCAUCGACUAACGAUUCCACAAUAUUUUAUUCUUGUCGUUCAUUUUCAAUAUCUUCAAGUCGAUUAUCACCUCCUGUUGUUCAAUUUAAAUUAUCUGAUAUUGGUGAAGGUAUACGUGAAGUUGAAGUUCUAGAAUGGUAUGUUCAAGUAGGUGAUAAUGUCAAACAAUUCGAUAAGAUUUGUGAAGUUCAAUCGGAUAAAGCUAAUGUAACAAUAAUAUCUCGAUAUGGUGGAACUAUUGUUAAACUUCAUCAUAAAGUUAGUGACACAGCUAAAGUUGGUCAACCACUUGUUGAUAUUAAACUUGAACAUGAUAUUGAUGUAUUAACAGGAACUAAAACUGCAACUAUUAUGCCAGAAGAUACAUUUGAUAAUACAGCUUUAAAUAAAAAUUCCUCAAUUAAUAUUUUAGCUACUCCUACAAUUAGACAAAUGGCUAAAGAAUUACAAAUUUCGUUAAGUGAUGUUCAAGGUACAGGAAAAGAUGGAAGAAUAUUAAAAGAAGAUUUAAUUCAUUUUAAAUUAUCAAAAUCAACAUCAUCUAAAACCUCACCUACAAUUUCUCCACCAUCACCAACAACCGUUAAACAAACAACAAUAUUUCGUCCAGCGCCAAUACCUUCUUCAUCAAGUCUAAAAAAAAUGACUAGUCGUUCUCAAACAACAUAUAUUACUGAUAGAAAUGAACCAAUAAAAGGUAUUCAUAAGACCAUGAUUCGAACAAUGACUCAAGCUAAUUUAGUACCACAUUUUACUUAUUGUGACGAAUAUGAUAUGACACAAUUAAUUAAAUUAAGAAAACAAUUAAAAAAUUCAUCAGAUAAUAAACAAAAACUCGAAUUUUCUUAUAUGCCAUUUAUAAUAAAAGCAUGUUCACAAGUUUUACUUGAUUAUCCCAUUCUUAAUGCUCAUGUUGAUUCAAAAUGUGAAACAAUAACGUAUAAAGGUUCUCAUAAUAUUGGUAUUGUAAUGAUUACAAAAGAUAGUUUAUUUGUACCAAAUAUAAAAAAUGUUCAACAAUUAUCAAUUACUCAAAUUACAAAUGAACUUAAUCGUCUUCAACAACUAGCGCAAAAUGGAAAAUUAUCAACAGAAGAUCUUACAAGUGGAACAUUUUCAUUAUCAAAUAUUGGAGCUAUUGGUGGAACAUAUACUGUACCUGUUCUUCUUUCACCUGAAGUAGCUAUUUGUGCAUUAGGAAAAAUCGUCCGACAAGCAGUUCCAGAUGAAGAUGAUGAAAGUUCAAGUGAUGAUGAAGAAUAUUACUCAUCUCGCGUUCGUUCAAUAAUGUCAGUUAGUUGGUCAGCUGAUCAUCGUAUUAUUGACGAAGCAACAGUGGCUCAAUUUUCAAAUCAACUCAAAUUUUUACUUGAAAAUCCACUUCAUAUUCUCAUUAAUUAG